AUGGACAUUAUGAACUCCGGAAAAAUAUUUCGAGCAGUAUACGCAAACAUCUGGACAGACGAAAAUGGCAAAUUGCAAACUACAAAAGCGCCUACGACUGUCCUCUUUGAUAGAGACGGAAAUUUCUAUUCGUUCGGAUAUGAGGCUGAAAAGACAUACGCAGAUUUAGCUGAUGACGACGAACACCACGGCUGGAUGUACUUUAAACAUUUCAAAAUGAACCUGCAUGGAAACACUGCUUGCAUUCCAUCUGACCAGUUUUCUUUUGCCCUAGAACCAGAAGCGGCGAUUUAUUGUAAGCAGUACGAAGCGUCAAGAUGUGAGGAGACGGAUGGUACAGCAACCAUAAAAACAUUUGCUCCCGGCUCACAAUUCUUAGUGCUUGACCUUGUAGGAGGAACUGUUGAUAUAACAGCGAGCGAAGUUCAGCAAGAUGGAGCAUUAAAAGAACUGUAUCACCCGAGUGGCGGACCUUGGGGUGGAACUUUGGUGGAUCGUGAAAUGUACUGCUUCUUUGAAGAAAUUUUCGGGAACGAUGUUUUGAAAAGGUUCAAAUUAGAAACGAAGUUAGAUUACCUUGAAAUGGCUGUGACACUAGAAGCGAAGAAGCGACAAUGUAACACAAAGAAGGCAUCAACUGACGUACGAAUAACACUACCGAAUUCAAUAUACACCUUGUAUAAGAAAAUGAAAGGUGUGAAACUAGAAAGUGAAUUAAGCAAGAGUGGGUCUGCAAAAUCAGUCAAAAUGACAAAAGAUAAACUUCGUGUUGAAAAUAAUGAGUUUGUAAAGAUGUUUGAAAAUCCAAAACAUUUGUUAUUGGAACACCUAAAUGAACUGUUGGAUAAGCCUGAACUGAAAAAAGUGUCAACAUUAAUGAUGGUCGGUGGGUUUUCAGAGUCGCCUAUCAUGCAGAGAGCAGUUAUGGAAGCAUUUCCAAAUAAACAUGUCAUAAUACCACAAGAUGCAGGAACAGUUGUAAUGAAAGGAGCUGUUAUGUUCGGCUUCAAGAAAGAAGUAAUACAUUCAAGAAAACUACCAUUUUCUUAUGGUAAGUAUGACUUAAACGUUUUUCAUAAUUCUAAACAUACAAUUUUAAAGUGUGUAUGAAAUAAGCGUGUACGAACGGAAACCUG